CGGCCGGCUCGCUCGGACAGUGGAGCGGGCUCGUGUUCAGCCAUCUUGCCGUGUCCCUGUGGCCAAUGUGCUUGGCGUAGGGAGUGGGACAUAAAUUCACGUGAAUGACCCAGUCUUGACAUUAAGUGAAGAAUCUGGUUCUGAACAUCAAGAGCCAAGCGGGAGUAUAGCUGAAGCGAAAUUUUUAUCGCAGGAGGCUGUGCCUGGUUCGUCCGUGUAGGAGCCAUGGCUGAGCAGCCAUUCUCAGACUCAUGGCAGCGUCUGCGCAUGCGCAAGCCGCCAGAAUACAUCCACCAUCUGCUAACCAAUGGCAUGACGGAGCCAGCAGAUCACUCGGCCACAGCCCGGCCCAGGCCCUCUUGGUUUGAUGAAACACUCUAUAAAAGGGGACAGGAGUGUUUUCAUCACAACUGUUUGACACUGAUGAUGCUGCACCUGGUGGGGCUUCUGCAAAUCCUCAAUGUGCCAUCCAUCCUGAGUGUGCUCAUUGACAGCGGCAAGUCAGCCACCAGAGAGACUGCCUUCCUGAGGUACCUGGAGACGGUACGCAUGGUGAUCGGCUGGUACCGCGGGGACGUGUUCCACACCGAGCAGCGCUCCGGCCGUCGGAUGCGGACGGUGGACGGCCGCCACUCGCGUGCGUUUCGCCACGCUGCCGCCGCCGGCGCCGGCAGGCCCUCCCAGUACGACAUGGUGCUGACGCAGUGGGCGUUCUGCGGGUACGCCCUGCUGCGGGAGGGCCCUGAGACCGGCCUCCUGCUGCGGCCCGGCUACCUCGACGGUCUGGCGCACUUCUGGCGCUGCGUUGGCUACCGGCUCGGCAUCCCCGACAGCCUGAACAUGUGCGGCCCGGACCUGGCGACGGCGCGGCGUCGCGCGGACGCCAUCCUCCAGUUCGUGAUGUGGCCGCUGCUGGCGGACCUGCCGGCUCACCCGCGCUUCGUGCCCAUGUCCAACGCCAUGCUGGAGGGCGUGAGUCUGAUCGUGCCGCCGUGCGACAACCUGUCGUAUCGCGCGCUCGCUUGGCGGCUGGCCUUCCCCGCCCGCCAUCAUGUUCCCACCCGGCCCUGGUCGCGGCUCACGUACUGGGCCAUGCGAUGGCUGUACAAUCUUGCCUGGAGAGACGACUGGGUGGGGGCUGCCGUACGGGCGUUGGGGAACUUUCUGCUCUAUGUAGCCGUGCGCACGUGCGCGCAUGCGCGCUUCGUGCCGUGGACGUCUAACGUGCGACGCAAGGCCAUCACGUUCUGGUGGCUGCUGAUAAAGGAUGUGUGGUGCUGGGCUUGCGAGCUGAUUGGCGCGCCAUCCUGCGGCCGCUGGGGGAAGCAGUGGUUGCAUCGUCGUUCGAUAGAUGACACCGUGGCGGUGUGGCGGCAGAGUGUGGUUGCAGAGACAAGGGAGGAAAUUCUGACGGGAUUUUAUGGAAAGGCUCAGGAAGACAGCAGGACGACUGAGUGACUUAAGCAGUGGUACGGUCGCAAGCUCUGGUUCGGCUCUUAAAACAGUGGCCUUUCCCGCAAACUCGGGUCAGUAGCGAGGCGUUUGGCGGUACACCCGUCUUGCAGUAUCGCAAGUUUAUAAGCGUUGCCUCCACGUACACAUGUUGAACGCAGAUACUCACAGCUCCCGUCCAUUAACUCAGGGGCACAGUUACCUUCAUUUGAUGUUUUUUUUGCAGUGCACGUUGCGUAGUUGUUAACUUUAUGGGCUGAAACGUCUUGGUCUGCACAUGUUUUGAUUUGCAUUGUCGUCAGCGAUUUGUGGCCUUGCUCGUGAUCAUCAGGAAACAUUUCUAAAUUAUUUCGGGCUUCUGGCACGUUACUGAUCGAACCCAAAAGCAAGAAACGUGACGAAUACUGUGCAUAGCACGAAGCAACUGUGCAUAGCACGGUGUUCGUGUUUACAGCGGCACUCUGAACUUCUGGUGAGCGGAUCCGCGAAGAUAUGUAACAUUGAUGUAGCAUUGAUGGCUGGAAUGCCCCCAACGCCCGUCAUUCAGAUAGUGUGAAAGGACGCGCAAAUCGUGUGUGGUUCUCAAAUUUUCCGAGUGCACGGUUGUCCGGCACGGAUAGAGCGCCUUGUCAGCUGAUCACAAACCACAUCCGACUUGCGCGCCAGCUUCAGCACUAUCCGACUUACGUGCACUUUGAUCCCUCCGAGAUAUGCUGGUCUCAGGGUGGUCAGAUUCUUGUUGCAUCUCAGUGUAAGGUCUCUUUAUAUUUGAAAUGAAGGAAGGUUCAUCUCGCUAUUCCAUCCCUGACAUGCAUGUUGUUGGACCAGAAGUACGGGGUUCGAUUCCCUACGUUGCCCGCCCUUUCUGCCCGCCAGGGUGCAAGGCAGGCGACGCCAUUUAGCCUCAGCAGCUGAGUGCGUCGUAAGGUCCAAUGACUGUCAGGGAUAUUAUUGUUUUAUAUUCUGUUUUAUGCAUUCAUAGACGAGCAGGGCCGGUAGAAUGGUGCUGCUGCGGAAUUGCAAUUUCGAUAAAUGUGCUUGAUGCGUUCAGGGUCAGUGGAAAUCGGUGUUCGACUUGUCUUCAAAUUCAGACGUACCGCGCUCUCUUUUUAUUUAUGCGAAGAAUAGGCAUUGGUCAGCCGGGCACCCGUUGUCUUUUGACUCGUGUGUUCGAAAAGUAAUCGUUGAUGGUGUCGUUUGAUUUAUGAGGUGCGUUAUAUACCCUUCAUCCUAUAUAUGACUGCUGUUUGUUCUGGUGACCAGCUGUCGUAGAUUUCAUAUGUUACGUCAUGUAGCUCGUGUGUACGAGUUUAACUCGGUGAUGGCGUUAAUUUCUGUGUCAGGUACGUUAAAUACUCAUCACUCCUUAAUUUGUUAUUGUUGUGUGUUCUGCCACCUGUCGCUGCAUAUCAUGUGCUGUAUGUCCUGCUUUCCUCACUGGGUUUUCCCAGCUUGACAUGCCGGCCAGGGCAUGCUAUGAGAGACGUAAUGAAACGGGUCGGAAUCCUUGCGGCAGCUAGCUCACGGGUGUGGGUGUGUUACGAUGUCGGCAUAAUGCGGGUGAUGGCAGAGGGAGCGAGUGUUGCCCUCGCCCUUUCUGUGUUAGCUGUAGAGAGAGCCUGUCGUGCUGGCGUUUGGUUUCCAGGCAUAUUUACUGCAUUCGGAGAGCUGUCUCCAGCUCACCGUGCACCUGUGUUUCGUUUUCUGUGCUUGCUUCGGGGACCAGCGUGGAGCGUCUUGAUGGGAAGUGCUUGCUAUUUUGUCAUGACCCGGCCAGACCUGCAAAUACUCAUGACAUUGUCAUGUCAUGUCAUGUCAUGUCGUGACAUUGUUGCGCCGUGACAUUGCGCCGGCGCGUCACCGCAGUCCAUCUUCCGUUGUCUUCCCAUGUUUGUUGUUGUUUUUGCGAGCGAUUCGGUGCAUCUCGGCGGUGCUACUUUAUACAUUUCUAAUAAAACUUGACGGUUUGUU